GUUUUUCAAGUCUAUCUCGAUUUUGGGUGGGACAUCGACGAACCCCUUCACAGCACCAAGCCCCCAACUCUUGAAUAUUUUGUUCCGGAUGAAGAUCUUACAAGAUGGUUCCUUGAUCAUGAGGCUGAUCCCAACGCCGGCUCUGGAGGGAACUCCACCUUAAUAUCGAUGGCAGCGCUGGAUGCCCCAGCUUCCACCAUUCGGUUUCUAGUUGAACAUGGUGGCACACUUAGUAGAGGCUACCCUUUGCAUUUUGCUAUGUUCCGCGAGACUCCCGAUCUGUUGGAAGUCAUUGAGUUGUUGGUUGAACUGGGUGCCCCGAUCGACGAAAUCAUGAACGAAGGUGCUCCUGACAACUGGUUUGAGGGCCGGGAUCGCCACGCCGAGACACCCUUGCAUUUUGCGGUGCACCUGGAAAAGGAGGACAUCGUCACGUACUUUCUCAAAAAGGGGGCGGACUAUAACAUUCGAAACUCGUCGGGAGAGACGGCGGUCGACAUUGCCAAAGGCGCCGUGCUAGAGGAAAUCAUCAAG